AUUAUCAAUUGACUGUGAGUCAAAUGGAACAAGCAAAUCCUAUGGCUCCGAGUGAUAAGGGUGAUAGUAGUCAACAACCAUUUGGGAAGUUUAAACCGAACAGAGAGUCCAUUAAAUUCAAUGAAAACAUCAUCAACAACAAUGUGAAUGCGGCAUCGGAUUGGGUGGUUGUUAUUGCAUGUUUUAUACUGAUAUGUCUGUUCGCACUGCAACAUUUUGGUACACACCGGCUAGGCUUCAUUUUUGCACCAAUAGUUAUAAUGUGGCUUGUAUGCAUUACCAUACUUGGCCUGUAUAAUAUUUUCACUCACAGAUUUGAAGUUUAUCGUGCCCUUUCUCCAUAUUAUGUUUACAAGUUUAUAAGCCACUGUACGAGAAGGGAUUGGAGAUCCUUGGGCAGCAUUCUACUUUGUAUGACAGGCUCAGAGGCAAUGUUUGCAGACCUGGGGCAUUUUUCACAGUCAUCAAUUAAGAUUGCUUUCACUUUUAUGGUUUACCCUGCCUUGAUAUUGGCUUAUAUGGGUCAAGCAGCUUACCAUUUGGACAAUCAUGUUAACGGUGGUUAUUCUACAUUUCAUUUUUACGAAUGUGUGCCUGAUGGUGUAAGAAAAUAUGUAAUAGUAAUUGCGAUACUUGCCUCAGUAGUUGGCAGUCAAGCAAUCAUCACAGGGACAUUUUCAAUCAUCCAUCAAGCUUUGGCAAUAGGCUGCUUUCCUAGAGUAAAAGUUGUCCACACGUCCAACACAGUACAUGGGCAGAUUUAUAUUCCUGAAAUAAACUGGAUUUUGAUGAUCCUGACUCUUGUUGUCACCAUUGGUCUCAGAAACAUUAGAUACAUUGGAAAUGCAUCUGGUUUGGCUGUCAUCAGUGUCAUGCUAGUCACUACCUUCCUUAUGUCAUUAGUAAUAAUUAUAUGUUGGCGCAAGAGUGUCAUUGCUGCUCUAGUUUUUCUUAUCCUUUUUGGAUCUGUUGAAAUCCUUUACUUUUCAGCUUCAAUUUUUAAAAUCGAUGAAGGUGCCUGGGUACCUGUUGUUUUCUCCAUCAUCUUCAUGACAAUUAUGUGUGUGUGGCACUAUGUGAAGGUCAAAAAGUAUGAGUUUGAAUUGAAAAACAAACUUUCUCUAGAUUGGUUUCUAAAGCUUGCUUCAAGUCUAGGAAUGGUUCGAGUUCCUGGCAUUGGACUCAUAUACUCGGAACUUGCCACUGGAAUACCUGCAAUAUUUCUACACUUAGUGACAAAUAUGCCCUCAUUCCAUCAGGUGCUUGUCUUUGUCUCCAUCAAGGCACUCUCAGUACCCCAUGUCCCUCCGGAGGAAAGAUAUCUUGUUGGCCGCUGUGGGCCAAAAGAACACAGAAUAUACAGAUGUAUCGUUCGAUAUGGAUAUUGUGAUAACCACAAUGAUCAUGAUAUCCUUGAGGAUCAACUUAUUUAUAACAUCAAAGAAUUCAUUACUUCAGAAGCAUCAGACUCAUGUUCCAGCAAGUUUUCUUCACCAGAAGGAAAUAUGAGUAUUAUUGGAACUUCAAACUUGUCAGGGAUUGUCUUUGCUGUCUCUAACAGUGAUGAAACAGAAAUAAGUGGACCUCAUCAUGUAGUAAAAAGAAGAAAAGUAACCUUUAUGGUGCCUAGCAGCCCUGACAUGGAUCCUGCUGUAACAGAGGAGCUACAAGAACUUUUGGAGGCCAGUGAAUCUGGGACUGUCUCCAUACUGGGUCACUCUCGUGUGCAGGCACAAAGUGGUUCAAGUUUACUCAAGCGAUUUUCUAUUAAUGUGGUAUAUAACUUUCUUAAAUCAAAUUUCAGAGGGCCAUCAAUGGCAUCGAAUGUUCCCCAUGCUACUCUUUUGGAUGUUGGCAUGGUUUAUUCUGUUUGAGCUGGAUGCUUUUCAUAUAGGUGCACUUGCACAUGCCAUUGUCUAAGUAGACAUAACAAGUUUGCUCUGAAACGAAGGGGCAGUUGGUAAGCACUAGAACAACGAGGAGUCCUCUGCUUCUAUCUAUAAAAAUAAUGUGUUAUCUAAUUUCUAGAUGUGCAAAGAGCUUGUGCAGUCAACUUAACACUAAAAAUUAUAUGUGAUUGUGAUAUGGUAAACAAAAAUGAUGUGAAGAGUGUGAUAGUUACAUGGUGAACAAAGAUGAUGUGAAGAUAAUAGUUAUUGUCUUUUGUCUCACAAAUAAAUUACUUCAAAUAUUCUGAGGACUAAGAUUAUCUUUA